AUGGAGAUCAUAAAAAAAGCUGUGGAAGAGUAUGCAUCAUCCCGAAAUGUAAAAUUAGAAGAAGUUGCAAAAAAAUAUGGUAUACACAAAUCGGUGUUAUAUCGUCAUUGUACGCGGGAUAUGAAGCAACAUGGAGGCCAAAGAGCUCUAUCCGAUGAAACUGAUAUGUUUCUAAUAGAAAAUAUAAACAAAUGCGCAGAAUGGGGUUAUCCCUUAGAUACUUUGGAUCUCAGGCAACUCAUUUAUAUGAUUCUUGGAUCCAACACGGCCCAGAGGGUACUCGAUAUAAUAGGUCGACAUCUGGAUGGUUUGAUGGAACCACUUUUGAGGAUUGGGUACAAAAAUAUGGUGGUUCCUUAUUUUAAGAAUUUACCAGCCAACUCAACUCACCUGACGCAACCUCUGGACGUGGCAUUUUUCCGUCCAAUGAAGCGAGCCUGGAGGCAAUUAUUAUUAAAAUGGAAAAAGACAGAUGGUCGACAAUUACCCACAAUUCCAAAAGGUUGCUUUCCAAAAUUAUUGAAAUUAUUAAUUGAUGAACUGCAAAUAAAUGCUUCAAAGAAUAUCAUUGCUGGAUUUAAGAAAACAGGAAUUAGCCCUUUAAAUGCAACUGAAAUAUUAGCCAGACUUCCCGGCGAGGACUUAGGUGAAGACCAUGAAAGUGCUGUAGAAGAUUCUGUUCUAACACUCCUCAAAGAAAUGAGAUAUGGUAAAAGUGUCGCUCCAGAAGAAAUUGAAGACUAUGCAGAAACUGAUGUUGAUAACAGUAUGGCAAAUCCUAAAAAAACAAAAUACGAUACUAGCAUCAGUGGUCCAUCAGAAAACAAUGAGACUAAAGGAAAAGCUAUCGAGGAUAUUACUAAAAAAUCUGAAACAGAAGACAAGGGCAAUAAUGAUAACAAUAAAGAAUGGAAAGAAGUAUACCAUAACAACUCAGAACAAUCAAAAUGCGGAAAUAUAAGUCAGAAAGAUUACGAUUACGUUAACGUUACGGCUUACGAAAAUUAUGAUAAUAAUAUGGGAGAGCAGAAUUACAACAGUAUCGCGGACAUGGAAAACUACAAUAGUAACUUACAAGGAUUAGAGUGCAAAGUUUCUAAUGAUAUGGACAUAAACAGUCUGCCCAUUCUCUUUUUUGACAGCUUAUGUGAAGAGGUUACAAUCAGUACUGGAACAACUGCUGAUGAUAAUACUAUUAAGGAGAAUAAAGUAAAAAUAAUAUCAAAUGAACUAGUGAAUGACGGCCAGUACAACAAAAAAUACAAAUUACCAAUUAUAAAGAAGAGCAAGACUGUACUAACGGUAAAAGAUCUCAUUAAAUUGCCAAAGAAAAAACACACAAAUAAUUACUAUAAUGAUAGUGACGAAAUAUUAAAAGUUUUAGAAGAGGAUGAUGAUGACCUGUGA